AUGGAAAGUUGUCUAAAAACCACCCUCUCUACACCAAUGACUAUUUCAACACCUACCGAAGAAUCCGAAAACUCGAACUCUCAUUCGACAUUGUCGUCUCAACUUAGUCCCACAAGUGUUUUAGCUCAUCAGCCGUCUCACCGAGUGGUGCUUACUCCUUGCGCGGCUUGUAAGAUACUGCGACGCAGGUGUAUCGAAAAAUGCAUGUUGGCACCUUAUUUUCCUCCAACUGACCCUCACAAGUUCACCAUUGCACAUAGAGUAUUUGGAGCAAGUAACAUUAUUAAAUUGUUGCAGGAACUUCCUGAAUCGCAUCGAUUAGAUGCUGUUAGCAGUAUGGUGUACGAAGCAAAUGCAAGACUUCGAGACCCGGUUUAUGGUUGUGCAGGCACAAUUUGUCACCUACAAAAGCAAGUAAGUGACCUCCAAGCCGAAUUAGCAAAGGCAAAAGCAGAAAUGGUCAAUUUGCAAUGUCGACAAUCGAGUGUCUUAGCUCUAAUCCGUAAGCAAAUGGAACAUCAACAGCCACCACUUCUUCCACCAGUCUUAUCAUCACCACAACAACAUCAAAAUCUUUAUGACAACAUAAUAUUUUUUGAUGAUAAUGCAAAUCUUAGCAAUCUUGAGUCUAUUUGGAUAUGAACUCAAGAGUUAAUGGUAUAUCGCUCAAAACCCGGCCCGUUUAGAACAGAGAACUGGUAUGAUCAAGUGGCACAAGACUUUUCCUAACAAAUUAAAGAUCAAAUGUAGUGUAUGAAAAUUUAUUAAACCUAAUCAGGAUGUAUGUUGCUAAUAA